AUGGCUGAAGUAAAUCAUCAUUUCUUUAUGGCUGGAUAAUGGUCCGGAGAAGGAAAGCUUGUUGAAAAGGGAUUAGCAUACAAUGAAUAGAUUAGCAUUACUUAAAUAAAACCUAACCUUUACUUAUAUACAUAAACAACUUAAAAAUAGAUUGAUAACAUACCAUUGCAUGCUGAAACUGGAUAUUUUAGAUUUAAUCCCAACAAUGGAGUUGUUGAGCUCCUUUUAAGUCAUCCUUUCGGUGUAUGUGAAAUAGAAGAAGGUGUUAUUAGUUAAAGCAAUAAGCUUGAGCUUAACUCUAAGGACAUUAUUAGAACUUCUUCAGCUAAAGAGCCAUACGUGACAAAAGUUAAAAGAGUAUUUAGUUUGCAUGAUAAUACUCUUUCUUAUGAUGUUUUCUUUGCCACUAACACCUAUGAUAUGAAGCAUUAUCUCCACUGCGAUAUGAAAUUAAAAUAAUGA